AUGUCCUCGAGUGAUGAAUGGAAUGACAAAAUGCAGUACAAAGCCGCUAUCGAGCUUCUUAAUUCCAGACGUGCUAGUGCGCAGCCGACUCUGGAACAAAUGAGAGGUUUGGAUGACAUGACAAAAUGGUUGGGAUUACUCGGUUAUUCUCAAGCCCACCUGGGGACUUUAAACGUCAUACAUAUAGCCGGCACCAGUGGGAAAGGAAGCACCUGCGCAUAUACCUCGUCCAUACUCCAGAGCUCCGGGUACAAGGUCGGACUCUAUACUUCGCCACAUCUUCUUAGCAUCCGGGAGAGGAUUCGUAUCAAUGGCAAGCCAAUAGAGGAAGAAGCCUUUGCGAGUGCUUUUUCCGAAAUAUGGGAUAAACUGCCACAUGAGGCUAGUGCCGACAUAGACAUUCCCCGAUACCUCCAGCUUUUGACCCUUCUCUCUUUUCAUGUCUUUCUCAAGGAAAAGGUUGACAUUGCAGUCUAUGAGACACAUAUGGGUGGCGAGUCAGAUGCGACAAAUGUCGUAACAUCACCCGUCGUGACAGCGGUGACUCGAAUCGCAGAAGACCAUGUCAAAUUCCUCGGGCCCACUAUUGAAAACAUCGCUAGGCACAAAGCGGGGAUCUUCAAGCCUGGUUGUCCUGCUAUCUCGUCACCCCAAGAUGUAAAUGUUGCUAAGGUGCUUGAGCAAUGUGCAAACAAGAAAGAUGUUACGCUGGUAUUUGUUGAGCCUGAUUUAUCACUGCAAGUGACAAAAUACCAGAAGGAAAACUGCUCACUUGCCAAAGCAGUGACCCAGACAUGGAUAUCACUCAGGGAGCCCGAUAGAUUGACGAACCUGACUAAAUUUAUCGACCUUGGCAUUGAAAAUUUUGAUUGGCCAGGCCGUUACCAGCAGAUAGAAGAAGGCAAUCUCAAAUGGUUUCUUGACGGUGCUCACAAUAAAUCAACGCUGCCCACUGCGGUAUCAUGGUUUGCCGAGAUGAGCGAAUCACAAAGUUUCAACAUCCACCCCUUGAGGAUGAUCAUCUUCAGCCAUUUUUCAGAUCGUGAUGGCGUCGAACUUUUACACGUUAUCAAGGAAUCCCUCGAUAGGGAAGGUCUUGAAAUAGAGCACAUGAUAUUGACUACGUACACUGAAAGACAGGACAGGCAGGCAAGGAUCGACAGAAAUCUCAAGGCUCGAUCUUCCGCAGACAAGUUAACAGAGUACGCCCGUGCUUGGGGAGCAUACAACCCCAGUAGUACGGUAGAUGUUGAAGAGACAAUUGAAGGUGCCCUGGAGAGGGCUCGUAUACUUGGUGGGACUUCUAUAUUGGCAAAUGUUUUGAUAACAGGAAGCUUGCAUUUAGUGAGCGGGGCACUGGGAAUUCUUGAGACCAAAGACCACUAA